CUUUGCUACGCCCUAAACGAGCAACGAAUUAUUCUGCUCGGUUGGCUGGCCAAAGCGCUCGUCUCUCACCGCCUACUAGCUAUACCAGUACUUGGCUCAUCCAUCGCUGGCCAAAGAAAGAGCUCAUCUCUCCCCGGCACACACCACACAGACGCUUCUCCGUCUCUAAAAACCCUCUCUUCACGGGCACGCCAUGGACAAUCCUCCGGCCGGCAACGUGGUCAAUCCUCCGGCAGCUGCGGCGGCGGGCAACAACGUGGCCGAUCCUCCUCCUCCUCCGGCGGCGGCAGCAGCAGCAGACAUCGUAGCCGAUCCUCCUCCGGCGGCGGCGGCGGCAGCAGCAGCAAACAACGUGGCCAAUCCUCCAGCGGCGGCGGGUCCUGCUGCAGUGGAUGCCCGGUGGAAGAAGGAGGACAAGACGCAUGCCAUCAUAAUUCUGGUCGCUGCGGCGAUCGCUCUGCUUCUUGUGGUGCUGUUGAUUAUCCAUCCGUGGAAGAAGUAGAGAAGACUAGUCAUUUGCCGGGUCAGGUUUCCGAUUGUAAGAUAGGAGUGCUAGAACGAAUAAAUUAAUCAUCCAUGUCAAACAAAAUGAACCUGGUAAUAUUGUGACGCGUCUUGGCCAACUUCAGGAGUGCAUUCAGCUCAAGUCCAAUGUUUGAACAAAGCUUGUAAAUUCCA